UUGAACGAGGCGUUGAGCACCUGAGUUGGCUUAAACCUUGCCAUCCUAAUACAGGUGGUGACACGGGAAGAGGAAGAGAUACGAUAAGAACUGUGAAGUUACUCUUAUCUAUUAUGAAUUGUGACCCCGCUAUCAUUAUCUAUCAUUAGAUUCUCAUCUCGAUCUUGAGUUUUAACAUCUAUCUUACAUGUAAUUAUGAAUAUAAGCACCUACAUACAUAUACCCAGAAUACUGUGAAUAAAUACUACGUAGUCUAAACUAAACACCAGCGCAACCGUCCGGUAGCUACCUAUACUCGUUCUCCAUGGCCAGGGCCGAAUCCAAAAUGAUGAAGACUUGUUUACCACCCCCUAUCCACAUCAACCCACCCCUACUCAACUCGGCAAACCCGUGGGCGACGACGCAAGAGGACCUACGGGCUUUGUUCGAUUGUCCGUCUACAGGCGCCGUGACGACUCGGACGGCGCUGCUGCGCGGGUUUGCGCAUGAUUCGGCGAGGCAUCGGUAUGCGUUUUUUGAUGCGGGGAUAUAUGCUGUUGGUACUACUUCCGGCUCUGGCACUGUGCCUAGUGAAUCGACUGGGGAUAAGAGCGUGGGUGUAGGUGUAGGUGUAGGUGUAGGUGUAAGUGCGAACGCUAGCUUGAAUAAUAUGGGGUAUAGCCCCGUGCCGCUGGAUGAGUAUUUGGGGUUCAUUGAGGCGAUAGUAACGGGGAAUAGGAAUAGGGAAAAGGAGAAGGAGAAGGGGAGGGAGAAGGGGAAAGCGAUAGAGAAAUUGUUCAUCGUGUCGGUUACCGGGACGCCUGAAGACGUCGCGGAGUGCUACAAGCGGAUCGUGGCGCUGGGGGCGAAAAUCGGCGCGCCGCUUGCGAUGGAGAUUAAUCUCAGCUGUCCGAAUAUCCCCGGCGCACCACCGCCGGCGUACUCCGCCGAGGGGUUGAUAUCGUAUCUGCAUGCCGUGGCGCGGACUGCGACGGAAGAAGGAUCGAGAUGCAGAGAGCCGGUGCCGUGGGGCGUCAAGACUCCGCCGUAUACGCACGCUGGUCAGUUCGAUAUGUUGGUAGACGCGCUCAGGGGAGAGUUACUUGGUCCGGGGGGGCCUUGCCCGGCGAGCUUUGUUGCGGCGACGAAUACGCUGGGUUCGUGUCUGCUGCUUGAUGGGGGGAAUGGGCCGGCGUUGGGGGGUGAGAUGGGUGGGAUAGGGGGGAUGGCGGGGGCGCCUUUACAUCCCCUGGCGUUAGGUAACGUGGCGACGCUCCGACGGAUGUUUGAUGCGUUUCCGGAGACGUCGCAUGUGCAGAUAAUAGGGGUCGGUGGUGUUGAGGACGCGGCGGGGUAUAGGCGGAUGAGAGAUGUAGGGGCGGCGGUUGUCGGUGUAGGGACUGCGCUUGGGAGGAAGGGGGUUGAGGUCUUUGGUGAAAUCGAGGAUGGGUUGAGGUCGUUAUCAGGGGAUGGGGAGGGAGCUGUGUGGUGAGAUUGGAGUGGACUAUCUAUCUAGUUGGUGAUUUGUCUAUAGGAGCUAUGAUGAGGGUGAUAGCACGGAUAUAGUCUCAUGACCCAGUAAGUUAUAGCCAGCACUCUAGACAGUCAAUUACAUUGAAAUAGCGCACCUCGUCACAA